UCUUAUAUUUAAAGCUGUCUUAAUUGUUUCCUUUCAGAUGAUGACCAAUAAAGCGGCAUCUUAAGAUGACCUUAAGAUAGAUUUUAAUACAAGAUCAGGUUAGGUUAUUUAAAUACCGGCUUUAGAUUUGACGUAAUGUCCAUCUUUGUGGUUGUACGCAGUCGUACGUGUGUAAUGAUUGAAAAUACAUAUUGUUACAUGAAGAGAGGAAAAGCGGUUUAAAAGAAAAAGAAAAAAUAAAAUAGAUGAAGGGAGAAUGAAUAAAAAACACUGAAAAACAUAUUCAAAUCUUCGAGCAACAAUUUCUUAAUUGCAUCUAAUCGCAGACAUCUAACCUAUAAAAAGAAUGCAGUUUUCGAAUUUUGAUUUUGUUACACGUACGUGCUAUGUAGGAUUAUAUAUCAGAAUUUAUCAGUGUCAGUUGUGGUGUCGAGUUUGUGUCACUUAUUGACUUAUAUAGCAUUUUUAUAUUAUAUACACAUAUAUAUAUUUUGGGACUGUAUACGUCAACAAUCUAAUGGGGAACGAGAAAAGUGCUCUACGCGGGCUUGAAAUUGAGGACAAAGCUGUUGAGAUUACAGACUAUUGGAUGCAUUAUGAUGCAAACAUACGUGACUCUAAUUUACAAAAACUAUCAAUCUUUAUCAGUGAGCCAUCCUUGCAUUUUACAGCAUCAUUUGGAAGACCCUCACCAUUAGAGCGAGCAGCAAAGAAUUUUAUGUUGCAUCGGCAUCCUUGUAUUUUGAAAUAUAUUUCUUCAUGGAACAAAGGUAGCAAGUUCUUUCUUGCCACAGAAGAAGCCAGACCAUUGGUUCAAGUUAUUGAAAAGCAAAAUAUAUUACAAAUAUGUAUUGGCUUGCAUAGUAUUUUGCGGGCUUUAAUAUUUCUACAUGAGACUGCUCUAGUGUCACAUAAUAAUGUGUGCAGCAGUUCUAUUUACGUUACUACAGAAGGAUAUUGGAAAUUAGGUGGAUUAGAAUGCCUGUGCAAAUUUGCAGAUGCAACACCAACAUAUUAUCAAAGAAUAAAAAGUUAUAGAUAUGAGAAGGCUAUCUUACCCAAUGAAGACAUAGUUGAUUUAGUUAAAUCUGGUAAUCUUACUGCAAUUGAUUCAUAUGCAUUUGGAAUAUUAGUGGAGGAUAUUUUUAAAAACUUGCAGAAUACAGAUGAAGUACCAAAUGUGUUAGAAUUCAGAGAGUAUUGUAAAAAAAAUCUCCAAGAUCCAGAUGCAUGUUUGGGAAGUAGAUUGUCCAAUGUAUUGCAACAUUCACUCUUCACUCAUGAGUUUAUAAGAAUAUAUGCAUUUCUAGAAGAGUUGCCAUUAAAAACUGAUGGUGAAAAGGAAGAAUUUUUCACAAAAUUGAGACAGCAGUUGCAGAUGUAUCCCGAGACUGUUGUUGCUGAACAAUUAGGAAGAAAGCUCCUUUCUAGAAUAGUAUUGUUAGAUAGUACUGCCCAAGUAAAACUUUUACCUUUUAUCUUUAAGCCUAAAGAUGAGAAGAAUGAUGUUGGAACUAGUCUGUUUACAGUUACUACCUUCAAGAAUAUCUUAGUACCACGACUUCUGCAAAUGUUCUGCAUUCGAGAUGUUUCUAUUCGUCUGUUAUUGUUGUCGCAUUUCAGUUCGUUUGUGCAUGUCUUCGAAGUGGAUGAACUGAAAAAUCAUAUUCUUCCUGAACUGCUUGUCGGAAUAAAGGACACUAAUGACAAUCUCGUUUCUGCCACAUUACGAGCACUAGCUGACAUAGUACCGAUCUUGGGGGCAGCGACAGUUAUUGGUGGAAACAGAGGGAAGCUAUUUACAGACGGUCGACCAAAUAAAACUCAGAACAGAAAUAUCGAGGACAUCAAGAGAUCUUUGACGUUUAAGCAGGAAACAUCUGUUUUCAUGAAUAUAGAUGAAAGUAACAUGCACUUAUCUGAAAGGCCAUCGCCAGAUGGCGGUGAGGACAAGCGAGAAAAGGAGUUUCCGCUUAUCGAGGAAGAAAGCACCUGGUCCGACUGGGAAACGCAGGAAACUGUCACAAACGAUCAUUGUCAUGUGGUCGAUGCUCCUUCUGACUUAGUGCAAACAGAAGUGCAAAUUAAUACUUGCAAUACGGACUUAUCUUCGCCUGAAUCGGAAUCUUUAUCGAGCACUACGAAAACAAAGUACACAAAGAAACUGGUACUUUCCGACAUUACGGAGCUUGAUAUAAAGAAUUCAAAAGUAAUAUCGUGCUCGAAUGAAGAAUUCGACUUCUUUACAGAUAUGGAGCCUGUGAUACAGAAGACGCAGGUUUUACAUAUUCCAGAAGUGCAAUCACCAGAAAGUAUGUUCGAUGUAAAAACAUUAAAUGUUACCUUGGAAGAGCAUGAAGAUAAUGCUUGGGAGGAAGAUUUGAACGACUUAAAUAUAGACGAUACACACGAAUUAGCGGGACAAUGAGCCUGAUUGUAAAAAAAUUUAUAAAUUUUGUAAAAUUGUAUACUUAUCAAGAAAAUAUUGCACAAAUAAUUGUAUGCUCAUUUAAGUGUACGUAUCUUCUCUUAACAGUCAAUAAUAUAUGUGAUUUAUU